AUGGGAUCACCAUUGUGCGAUCAUUUGGUUAGGCUUUGUCUUCAAUGUGACUGGAGGUUACACUAUGAGACUGUGAAAAGCCACGAUGACUCGCGGAUUCCGUUGUGUAACAAUUGCGUUUCCCAAACCGCGGUUGUCCAAUGCCUUGAUAGAGGCUUGUGCCUUUGCCAAACAUGCUUUUUAAACCCUAAUAUCUUCUCACGUUUUUGUAUUCUUCAAGACGGUGGUUCUAGUUAUAAUUCGCAAUACAGUUGUCUUGAUUUCGAUUCCUCUAAUUCAUCGUCUUCUUCAUCUUCUGUUCUUGAUCGCAAUUCGCCAUUGUCCUAUGGUUCCUUACCUCUCAUUAAUGAGGACUCGUCAUCAUCUUUUGAAUUCUUUCAAAGCAAUAUUGAUAAUUAUACAAAGAAUAGUUAUAGUGAUCAACAAGUGCCGAUGCUUCGGCCCCAUUCUUUGAACAUUCCUAAGGAUAGUUCAUGUUCAGGCUUCAAUAGCUAUGAAACUAAAGAAUAUAUAGAUAAUGUUUUGCUGAACGCUUUUGAUGGCGACGAGGCAGUAUUAUUAGACCUAAAAGAAUAUAACCCCAAUGAAGAUUUGAUCCUAAAUGAUCAACUAAUCGAUGAAUUAACGAAGCACAAUCCAGAGAGCACGUCGACCAAGAUUAUAUCAUCUUCAUCAUCGGGUAUGUCAUCGGUUAUACAUAAAGAUUACAGCAUUGGAGCUUUGGCUAAUGCAAGCUCUCAAGAUUACUAUAUAAAUCAAAUGAAUGGUUCAAAAGCAAAGGAAGAGACCAAUGAUGUUGCAAUAUUCCCUAACGCUCUUGUUCAACUUGACUGUGGACAAUCGCAGUUGAUUUUAACCGAUGAGAUGUUACCAUGGGAGAAUCGAAGACGUGUUCAAAGAUAUACUCCGGAAGCUCGAGAAGAGGCGAAGAAGAGAUAUUUCGAAAAGAAGAAGAAACGCAAGUUUGGGAAGCAAAUUAGAUACGAGUCUCGAAAGUCUACAGCUGACACGAAGAGACGAAUGAAAGGAAGAUUUACAAAAGCUGAUGCAGAGUAUGAUUAUGACCCACGAGCUAAUAAUGUUAAGAAACGGACUAAUAAAAAUCAUGAGCUGAUGAUAGACCAAGCUCAAUUUUGA